CAGUUCCUCAUUUCCGCAAUGUAAAAAGUUACGGUCCUUCCUCACUAGAAGGUGUGGACAACUAAGGUCUAUAAGUAAAGUCUGAUUCAGUCGCAGAUAUGAGCGAAAUCAACACUAACGUUGCAGAGAAUACCGCGAUUGAUGACAAAACGGAGGAAGAAGAAUGGGCCGCAGCCAAAGCUGCCUUUGAAAAUUUGAAAGCAAAGAAACCACUUCCCCCCAAACCACGGUUUGCCGUCACCAUAGCAGUGUCAUCUCGCACGCUGUUUGACAUGGUCAAGGAGAGGAAAAUCUACGAGGAGGAGGGGCUGGAAAAGUACGUUGCCUACCAGCAACAGCACGAGGAUGAGCCCCUGAUGCCAGGCGCCUCAUUUCCUUUUGUAAAGGCUCUAAUGACUGUGAACAAACGGUUGAGGGAGCUGUACCCUGAAAGCCAGGAGCUGUUUGACAUCGUCCUAAUGACUAAUAACCAAGCCCAGGUCGGGGUGCGCCUCAUUAACAGCAUCAAUCACUACGAUUUAACUAUUGAGCGGUUCUGUAUGACGGGUGGGAAAAGCCCAAUUGGGUAUCUGAAGGCCUACAUGACCAACCUUUACCUCUCAAAAGACUCUGAAAAAGUGCAGGAGGCCAUUGAAGAAGGUAUUGCUGCUGCUACCAUGUUCACUCCUGAGAAAGAGAUCCAAUUAAGUGACACACAACUGCGUGUGGCAUUCGAUGGUGAUGCCGUCCUCUUCUCUGAUGAGUCUGAGAUCAUUGUGAAAAAGCAUGGGCUGGACACAUUCUUUGAACACGAGAAGAUGUAUGAGAACAAGCCCCUUGCACAGGGGCCCCUGAAGUGCUUCCUGGAAACACUGGGGAAGCUCCAGCGCAAGUUUUAUGCCAAGAAUGAGCGAAUGGACUGCCCUAUUAGGACCUACCUAGUGACGGCUAGGAGCGCAGCCAGCUCAGGGGCCAGAGUCCUGAAGACCCUAAGGAGCUGGGGCUUGGAGAUCGAUGAGGCACUCUUCCUUGCCGGAGCCCCCAAAGGUCCACUCCUGCAGAAGAUCCGCCCGCACAUCUUCUUUGAUGAUCAGAUGUUCCACGUUGAGGGGGCCAAGGAGCUGGGAACCAUUGCUGCUCAUGUGCCCUAUGGAAUAGGACAAAAGUACCAUAAGGGUAAGCUCAUUGAGCAGACCAAUUAGUAAUAAAGUACUGUACUCUCUACAUAGGAUAUAAAAACAGGGCUCGUUGUACACAAUGGUAGAAUAGUCCUGUGUGGUUUGUUUCUGUAUCUUUAACUAUGACUAUGACUGAUACUGGACAUAGCUAUCAAAAUUUCCAUAGCAUUGUCAUAUUUAUUCUUAUGAAACACAAGUGUCAUUAUCAGAUUUAUACAAACCCUGGAAUUGGUAUUUCAAUACCCAAUGUAAAUGUUAGUUCAAUACAUGCAGAUAUUGUAUUAUUUAUUUGGUGAAAAAGGAAAGCAAUGAUGUAAGGGCUUUUUUAUAAGGAUUUUCUAGUCGAAUGUGUAUGUCUGGCGGCUUGAUUUCACAUUUUUUCCUUUAAGAGGGGAAAUGAAUCUGUCUGGUGGUAAAUUAUAUUCUGAUUUUUGGUUGAAAUUUCAUUCAUUAGGCCAUUCAGCCCAACACUGCUCGUCUAUUCCUACCACUAAACUGUACUUAAUGCUUAGUUUGCCUAAAAGCUAGAUAGUAUCUAACACUGUAUCAAGUCGGGCCUUGAAUACCCCCAGUGUUUCUGCCUCCACUACAUGUCCAGGCAAGCUGUUCCACACAUUGACCACUCUCUGUGUGGAAAAAAUAUUUCCUAUUGUCUGUGUGAAAUUUACCCUUUGCCAGUUUCCAUUUAUGCCCCCUCGUUCUGAUAACCGAACUCAACUUGAAUAAUUUCUUGUAGUUCACUUUGUUAAUCCCUUUAAUAAAUUUAAGCAUCUCAAGCUUAAGCAUCUCCAGCCUUUCCUCGUAACACUUACCUUUCAUACCCGGAAUCAAUCUGGUUGCCCGUCUUCAGUGUGGUCUGACAAGGGUAUUGUAUAGGGUGAGUAUGAUCUCCUUAGAUUUAUACUCAAUACUCCUGGCUAUGUAUCCCAGCAUCCUGUUGGCUUUUUUUUUUACUGCACAUUGACAAGACCAUGUUGAUAGGCUUUGAUCAACUAUUACUCCCAAGUCUUUUUCUACUUGUGCACAUUCUAAUUUUGUACCACCCAUAAAGUAAUCCUGCCCUAUGUUUUUAUUCCCCACAUGUAAAACUUUACAUUUAGUUAUAUUGAAUUUCAUUUGCCAGGUUUAUGCCCACUUCUCGAUUCUGUUUAAAUCUUCUUGGAUUACUUUUGUAGAUUCCAGACUGUUGGCUAAACCUCCCAAUUUUGUAUAAUCUGCAAAUUUAACUAGUGUACUUUCAAUGUCCAUGUCAAGGUCAUUGUAAAUGAGGAAGAGCAGUGGACCCAGCACCAAUCCACAAUGCCCUGCUCAGAUAAGACACUGAGUUGUGCCCAGACAAUUGGCCUCCCAUUCUGUAAAGGCAUAAGCAAUUAAAUAGACAUUUUUAUCUUGCCACCCAUUUCUUUGUGCUUGUUGUUGCACAUUCAGGAAUGUCUGAAUGCACUUUGUAUUAUUAUUAUUAUUAUGUUUGCCUUGUCACAUACAUGUAACAAAUAAACCUAUAAACCUUU